GGGAAGUUGAUUGCACUCAGAACGAUUGACUACCAUCGGACUAAUGGAUGCCGUCCUGGUCAUUCAAAAGAUGAAAGUUUCGGUGACACUACAAGGAAGAGGUAUUACUGCUGUGGGGUGUGCUAUAUGGAAUUUGUCACUCGAACAGCCUUUCACGAGCAUUUAAGCAUAGAACACGACGUCCACCCUCAAAUCCAUGAGCUGACGUUCCCCAGCAUGGAUAUGUUCAAGCGUUUUGUUCGUUGGUUAGAACUGAAGGGAGGAGCUCACUUCCGGCAUAAAUCUGGUUCAAAACGGCGUCAGCGUGGGAAAGGCAUCUUUAUGGCUUGCAAUAGGAGCGGGUUUGUAAAUUCAAGUAAUGCUACUGGAAGCGAACGUGACCGCAUAGGACCAUAUCGUAUGGGGCAUACGUGUACGGCAUAUAUCCACGGAACCCAGCAUGCUGACGGUCGUGUUUCUAUCGAGAUGUGUGGAGAUCACUAUGGUCAUGAUAUUCGGAUGCGACUUCCACCGAUCAUCAAAUCGAUAAUAGCACAACGACAAAUGGAAGGCGAAAGCAGCGCUGAUAUCAUUGAUUAUUUGAGGCAGCACUUCUUACCAUACGCCAAUGAGAACAUUUAUGCACAGAGAGCAUGCCUUGUUGAUAACGAAGAGUUACGUACUAUCCACGUAACCACGACGAAGAAGUGGGAAGUUGAAGGUAUACCGACUACUUGUGAAAUAUGGGAGGAAGAACUACUUGAUAUGGUUGGCAUUGUUCGCGAAGGAGUUCCGCGAGUUCGUCCCUUAAAUGAAAAAACAACAGAAGAGAUCGCGGAACAACAGAAUUGGCCGAGACCCAUCGUGUUCACUGCGAAAGUUCGAACAAAGACUGGAGAGUUUAUACCCCAUGAAACACUUAUGGAAGCUGAGCGGGAGAACCGUGUUGAUCAUGGUUAUAAGGACGACUGCGCAGUGAGAGAAAUUCUAUCAUAA